CCCGCCCCCUCCCGGGCCGCGGCUCCCGCAGCCGGCGCCGUGCCGGGCCCCGCUUCCCGUCGGCCCCCGCGGGGAGGCCCUGGGGCUCCCCUGGAUCCCCCCGUCCCCCCCCAGACCGGGGCCGCAGGUGUCAUGGCCGGCUCCCACGUGGACAUGGCUCCAGCUUCCGCCACGGAGGGCAGUGGGGAAAAGCCAGGCCCCACUGCGCCAGCACCCACCCCUGCCGCCCAGUAUGAGUGCGGGGAGUGCGGCAAGUCGUUCCGGUGGUCAUCUCGGCUCCUGCACCAUCAGCGCACGCACACGGGCGAGCGGCCCUAUAAAUGCCCGGACUGCCCCAAGGCCUUCAAGGGUUCCUCUGCCCUGCUCUACCACCAGCGGGGCCACACGGGCGAGCGGCCUUACCAGUGCCCGGACUGCCCCAAAGCCUUCAAGCGCUCCUCCCUGCUGCAGAUCCACCGCAGCGUGCACACGGGCCUGCGGGCCUUCACGUGCGGCCAGUGCGGCCUGGCCUUCAAGUGGUCGUCCCACUACCAGUACCACCUGCGGCAGCACACGGGCGAGCGGCCCUACCCAUGCCCCGACUGCCCCAAGGCUUUUAAGAACUCGUCCAGCCUGCGGCGCCACCGGCACGUGCAUACCGGGGAACGCCCUUACACCUGCGGCAUUUGCGGCAAGAGCUUCACCCAGAGUACCAACCUGCGCCAGCACCAGCGGGUGCACACCGGGGAGCGCCCGUUUCGCUGCCCGCUCUGCCCCAAGACCUUCACGCACUCUUCCAACCUGCUGCUGCACCACCGCACGCACGGCCCCGCCCCCGCCCCCGCGGAGGACACCGGCCGAGCCAGCGCCAAGGUCCUGGUCUCGGAUGCCUACCUGCAGCCCCACAGCCCGCCCGCGCCCCAAGCCCCGCCCCCGCCGCCGCCGCCGCCGCCCGUAGUGCCCGAGCUCUUCCUGGCUGCCGCCGAGACCACGGUGGAGCUGGUGUACCGCUGCGACGGCUGCGAGCAGGGCUUCAGCAGCGAGGAGCUGCUCCUGGAGCACCAGCCGUGCCCGGGGCCCGCCGAGGCCGCGCAGCCCCACGAGGCGCCUGCCGAGCUGCCCCAGGCCGACCCCGCCCUGCCGCAGCCCCCGCCGCCCGCCACCGCGGGCCCCCCUAACUUCGCUUGCCUGCCUUGCGGGAAGUCCUUCCGGACCGUGGCCGGCCUGUCCCGCCACCAGCACAGCCACGGCGCGGCCGGCGGCCAGGCCUUUCGCUGUGGCAGCUGUGACGGCGCCUUCCCGCAGCUGGCCAGCCUGUUGGCUCACCAGCAGUGCCACGUGGAGGAGGCGGCGGCGGGACGGCCGCCCCCGGCCGAGGCUGCGGAGGUCACCUGCCCCCAGGAGCCCCUCGCCCCGGCCACCCCUGCCCCUCCGCCUCCCCCCCCUCCCGCCCCUGUUUCCGCAGAGCGGCCCUACAAAUGUGCCGAGUGCGGCAAGGCCUUCAAGGGCUCCUCCGGGCUGCGCUACCACUUGCGGGACCACACCGGCGAGCGGCCCUACCAGUGCGGGGAGUGCGGCAAGGCCUUCAAGCGCUCCUCCCUGCUGGCCAUCCACCAGCGCGUGCACACGGGCCUGCGGGCCUUCACGUGCGGCCAGUGCGGCCUCACCUUCAAGUGGUCGUCCCACUACCAGUACCACCUGCGGCUGCACUCGGGCGAGCGGCCCUACGCCUGCAGCGAGUGUGGCAAAGCCUUCCGGAACACGUCGUGCCUGCGGCGCCACCGGCACGUGCACACGGGCGAGCGGCCCCACUCCUGCGGUGUGUGCGGCAAGAGCUUCGCGCAGACUUCCAACCUGCGGCAGCACCAGCGCGUGCACACGGGCGAGCGGCCUUUCCGCUGCCCGCUCUGCCCCAAGACCUUCACGCACUCUUCCAACCUGCUGCUGCACCAGCGCACCCAUUCUGCCGAGCGCCCUUUCGCCUGCCCCAUUUGCGGCCGAGGCUUCGUCAUGGCCGCCUACCUGCAGCGGCACCUGAGGACGCACACGCCAGCCACGGCAACCUCGGGCGCCGCCGGCCCUGCCGCCCCGCAGCCCCCUGCCCCAUUGGCUGCAGCGCCAACUCCGCUGGCCGCCCAAGAUGUUCACGUCGUCCCCCACCUGCAGGCCACACUUUCCCUGGAAGUAGCUGGGACCACAGCUCAGGCUACGCCCCCGGCCCCGGCCGUCCCCAACUCCCAGACGUUUCUCCUGGUACAGACUGCCCAGGGCCUCCAACUGAUCCCUAGCAGGGUCCAUCCCCCGACGCCCCCGCCCCCGCCCCCCAAGCUCAUCCUGCUGCCUCCCGCCAGUGCUGGGGGUCUGGGCAGUGGUGCUGCACGACAGAGCCCUCGGGCCGUGGGGAAAGCUGGACAGGGGUCAGGGGUGGUGUGGCUUCCAGGCCCGAGCGGUCUGGGGAUGCAGGGCGGGGGCAAUGCGGGGGCCAGCGGCGGAGGGCAGAGCCUCAUUGUUCUGCAGAAUGUAGGGAGUGGGGAGGCAGGGCCGCAGGAAGUGAGUGGGGUUCAGCUUCAGCCAGCACAGGAAGUGACCACGGUCCAACUCCAGCCUGCACAGGAAGUGACCGCGGUCCAGCUCCAGCCGGCACAGGAAGUGACCGCGGUCCAGCUCCAGCCGGCGCAGGAAGUGACCACGGUCCAGCUCCAGCCCCUGACAGGCCAAGUCUCCAGUUCUAACGGAGGAGCCGUGGCAGCGGACGCUCCGAACCUGCUGGUGGUUCAGAGUGGGGCUGCUGAGGAGUUACUCGCUGGCCCCGGAGCCGGCGAGGUGGGGGACAGCGAGGCCAGCGCCAGUGUGGUCCAGGAUGUACUGUUUGAAACCCUGCAGACAGACGAGGGGCUGCAGAGCGUGCUGGUGCUGAGUGGAGCCGAUGGCGAGCAGACCAGGCUCUGUGUGCAGGAGGUGGAAACCCUUUCCCCUGGGCUGACAGAGCCAGCUGCCGCCGCCGCCCCGGCGGGACAGAAACUCCUCAUCAUUCGCAGCGCUCCGGCUACUGAUCUGCUGGAGAAUAGCGGCGCUGCAGGAGGCGGCGCCGCCACACUGCAGCUCCUGGCCCCGCCUGCCCCUGGCCCGGCCUCUGCCCCUGUGGGGGUGCCUGUAGCUCCCCCCUCCCAGAUGGUACAAGUGGUCCCCGCCGUGACUGGCCCGGGGGUCAUGGCUCCGCAGAGCUUGCCCUCGAUCCAGAUCGUGCAGAGUCUGCCUGCGGUCCAGUUGGUGCACACGUUUUGAAGGGACUCACUAGACAGACACUCCCCCCUCCACACCCCACAACUAACUGUUCUCCUCAGCUGGGCUGGGGUCAGUCCCAGAGUCAAGGGGGCCGCUGGCUGGGCUUGCUAAUAAAGACAGAGUCUCUU